AUGACUGAGACAAGUGUGAGAGCGGGGAAUUCCGAUGUGUAUGGAUUCCUCGACCCACAGUCCGUCCAGAGAUCUGGGCAAUCACAAUUUGAAUCAGAAAGUUACAUGAAGAACUGGAUGCAGAAUUCAAAACGGGAUGUCUACCUAGGAGUCUACCUGAAUGGUGCACAUUGGCAAAUGGUCGUCAUUUUGCCUAAGGAAAAUCUUAUCGUCUGGUUUUGUUCCUUGCAUAAUAGGCCAGACAACUACCUGAAAGGAAUAAUUAACAGUGCUUUGAAAGGACUUGACGAUACUCCACAACCUAAAUCCAAGGUUGGUGCUAGGUGGAUUAUUGUUAAAUGUAAUAGACAAAAAGGAAGCACUGAGUGUGGCUAUUACGUGAUGCACUGGAUGUCAACUAUAAUCUUAGGAAGUUUCAAGAAUAAUUGGGAAAUGUAUUUUAAUGAUGUUAGACCAUUGGAAUCAGAGAUAUUAAGGCGCUUUGCAUCCUGUGGGCAAAGUUAA